GCUUCUGUGCAAACGCGCUCCCACCCGGAGCCCCUUUCUGCGUCUUCGCGAGGCAGCUCUGCAUAUCUGCUCCGUCGUCCUGGGAGCUCCCCUGACUGGCUGAGGAAAGUCCACUGCUUUGAUUCCGUCUCCGCCCCCUCCCCCUCCCCUCUCCUCCCCUCCCGAGCCCUGGCAUUCCCAGUGUUCAGGAAUGUGGCGAGCUGGCUUCUGGCCGGAGAAGGAAGGACCGGAGGAAGCGAAGGCGGAAAGUAGGUCUUCCCUGCCGCUGCUUCGCUUCUCCCGAUGCCUCUGCUCGACUGCCUGGUCUUUCCCCCUGGGAUCAGCCUCUCUUUUUAAAUGCACAGCGCAACCCUUUGCGAGCUGGUUGCCAACAACAACCACCCCAAAAUGCCCGAAGUCCCAGGCGCUGGAGAAUAGACGACCCGGGGCAGAGGCGUCCUCGCGCGAUUGGAUUUACAGGUGCUGGAGGGUGCCGGGGAGCUCUCCAAGGUGCUGAACACUCGGCAGCCUCUCCAAGAGCUCUCAGGCUGAACUCUCCCGUCCUCUGCUUUCCCUUCUGGAUUCCCUCAUGACUCGGACACGUUCGCUUGGGAGGAGGUUGUGAAUUCCUCACCAUAUCAUGGCCCGGAUUAGAUACCUGCGUGCAGCUGUCUCGGGAUUCUAUCUGUGGGAAGCUGCGGUGCUGCUCAGUUUGGUGGCCACGAAGGAAACAGACAGUGCAAGAUCACGCAGCAUGCCAAUGUCUCCAUCAGAUUUCCUGGAUAAAUUAAUGGGUAGGAUGUCUGGCUACGAUGCAAGAAUAAGACCGAACUUCAAAGGGCCUCCGGUAAAUGUGACAUGCAACAUCUUUAUAAACAGUUUUGGAUCCAUUGCAGAAACAACCAUGGAUUAUCGUGUGAACAUCUUUCUCCGUCAGAACUGGAAUGACCCCCGUCUUGCUUAUAGUGAAUAUCCAGAUGACUCUUUAGAUUUGGACCCAUCCAUGUUGGACUCUAUUUGGAAACCUGACUUGUUCUUUGCCAAUGAAAAAGGCGCCAAUUUUCAUGAAGUAACAACAGACAACAAACUGCUACGGAUUUUUAAAAAUGGAAAUGUUCUCUAUUCCAUCAGAUUGACUUUAAUACUCUCCUGCCCAAUGGACCUCAAAAAUUUCCCAAUGGAUGUCCAAACAUGUAUCAUGCAGCUGGAAAGCUUUGGAUACACAAUGAACGAUCUCAUCUUUGAGUGGCAAGAAAAGGGAGCUGUCCAGGUGGCUGAUGGACUCACUUUGCCACAGUUUCUCUUGAAAGAAGAUAAAGAUUUAUGUUACUGCACCAAGCAUUACAACACAGGCAAGUUUACAUGCAUUGAAGUUCGAUUCCACCUUGAAAGGCAGAUGGGCUAUUAUCUCAUUCAAAUGUACAUACCCAGCCUCCUAAUUGUCAUACUUUCUUGGGUGUCGUUUUGGAUCAAUAUGGAUGCAGCACCAGCAAGAGUGGCUUUAGGAAUAACAACAGUUCUCACCAUGACAACACAGAGUUCAGGGUCACGGGCUUCCCUGCCAAAGGUCUCGUACGUCAAGGCUAUUGACAUCUGGAUGGCUGUAUGCCUGCUUUUUGUAUUCUCGGCACUUCUGGAAUAUGCAGCUGUAAACUUUGUGUCAAGGCAGCAUAAAGAACUUUUGAGAUUCCACCGAAAGAGGAAGAAGAACAAGUUUUAUGAGGGAGUGCUUGAUGGAAAUGAAAUCAAUGAAUCAUUGCGGCGUAGCAAUGGCUUGAGAAGUACAGAAUUCAUAGACGGGACUUUGCCUCAAAUCUACAAUAUAAAUUUAAGGGAUGAAGAUUCAAGAGAAAAUCGGUUCAGUUUUACAGGCUAUGGAAUGGGGCCACCAUGUAUACAAGCAAAAGAUGGAGUGGUUCCAAAAGCACCAAACAAUCCAGUUCAACCUGCACCAAAAAGCCCUGAAGACAUGAGGAAGGUAUUCAUUGAUCGGGCCAAGAAAAUUGACACCAUCUCCCGAGCCUGUUUCCCACUAGCCUUUCUGAUAUUCAACAUUUUUUACUGGGUCAUCUACAAAAUUGUUCGGCACGAGGACAUUCACCAAAAACAAGAUUAAGGUUUCCAGUGCUUAACGGUUCUGGUUCUCUAUUACUAUGGUACAAAUACUGAUUGGCUCAUAAAGGGCGUGGAGGGAAAAAAUCACAUUUGACUUGCUAUGCAAAGUCACAAAAGGAUAGAAGAGUGGAAUCCGAAGAAGCUACAAUAUCUGCUGCAACAGCGAUUCAACUUCUUAUUAGCUAAAAGUAGCCAGCUUUUGCAAAGAAACACCACAACGUUCUAAAUUAAAACUCUACUGCCAAUGUGUUUAUAGAUGCUGUUCCAUAUUGGUAUAGUAUUUUCUGAUGUUUCUCGCAGCAAAGUGCCAUAUUAACAGAAAUGCUAUUCCACUUUAAAGUUUCCUUUAAACUUUAUGUCAAGAUUUGCCAUGGGGGGGGUGUUUUAAAAAAGAAGUUUCCCUUUAAGUGACAAAGCACAUUUUCUCAAUUUAAAGACACUGCCAAUGUCUUUUAUAAUAAACACCAAGCAUAUAUUAGGCUGCACAUUAAAGAGAGAAAUCUCAUAUAAAAUACUUCAUAAUGACACAAUCCACAAACCACUUACUCUGUGAAAUGCUGCUGGUGUUUCUGGUGAGGCUUCAAUUCUGCACUGGAAUAAGCAGUUUGUUGAUUGCUGGCCAUUUUAUAAAAAGAAAAAGUAUGCCUUGGCGAAAUUUCUCUGUGCAUUCAAGGCAGGAAACUGUCUAAUCACAUCCUUUACCAGUACAGAGAGUAUGACUCAGCAGGCUAGACCUUCUGUUGAGUAAACAGAUCACUUGCUUCUGGUAUUUACUCUAAAAUGUAACAUAGAUUCUACAUGAUAGGAUGUGAGGUCAGAUAUUCUGAGUCACUCAAAUGAGUAUUGUCACCUCCAGGGCCCUGGAGAGGGAGAGGAUUUUGUUCCAUGAAGGUUAAAUAUGCUUAAAGCUAUUGAAAUUAUGGGACAGUGGUGCAUAUUUGAUUCUGUAAUAUACACAUAAUAUACACUAGGAAGUUAGUGUCAUUGAAAUCAGUUCAACUUACUUCCAGGUAAACAUGAAGAAAAUCAUAUGUAGCUCCCAUUUAUUUUAACUGACUUUACAUACAUAUGUGCUGAACAACGUCAAAAGAAGUGCUAGAACAAAAUUGGGGGAAACGAAAACCUUUC